UGCUUAUAUCAUACAUUUGUUUGUUGCAGCUAUGACCGCGAUCAGCCCUUCACUUUCCAAAUCGGUGUUGGCCAGGUGAUCAAGGGAUGGGAUCAGGGUCUGCUCGACAUGUGUGUUGGCGAAAAGCGUAAGCUGACGAUUCCCUCAUCCCUGGGCUACGGCGAGCGCGGAGCCGGCAACGUGAUCCCUCCCCACGCCACUCUCCACUUUGACGUGGAACUGAUCAACAUCGGCGACUCUCCCCCGACCACCAACGUCUUCAAAGAAAUCGACGCUGACAAGGACAACAUGCUGUCCCGCGAAGAAGUGAGUAUAGAGUUAGCGUUCCAAGCAAUGGAUAAGGAUGGAGACAGGGAACUGUCCCGAGAGGAGGUCAGCGAAUACCUUAAGAAGCAGAUGGUACCGUCCGACGGCGCCGAGAUGAGCGAGGACGUUAAGCAGAUGCUGGAGAGCCACGACAAGCUCGUCGAGGAGAUCUUCCAACACGAGGACAAGGACAGGAACGGCUUCAUCAGCCACGAGGAGUUCUCCGGACCCAAACACGACGAGCUCUAAAUAUUUAAGCUAGAACACUCGCUCCCGAAUAAUACCCAUUACAUUUUCGCACAGGCCUCGGGAGCCGAGUCCUAAGACUUACGUGCAACUAUUUAAAAUUAACUUAUACACAACCAAAUUAAUGUAAUUUCACAAUUAAUAGACCCGCAUUGUAAUGAAGUCGAUCUAAUAUCUUUUAGAUUUAGUAAGAGUAUGUGAGAGUCAUUUUAAUAGAGUUUGUUGAGUCUUUUGUACUUAGUUUAUUUACUUAUGUUGUUGGUGUAAUGGAGUUUUGUUAUUUAGGAUAUUAUUAGUAUAAUAUAUAUAUUUUAAUUUUAUGAUAUCUCAGCAUAAUAUUUUAUAUCUCUACCUUCUCUUAUUGCACGUAAUAAGUCAACAUAUUAUAAUAUUAUGAUGUAGUGAAAAUACCAGUAUAAUCUCAAUUUUAAUGUUCUACAAACACAGUGCGAUCGAAUGUCAGAUUACUACAUUUUAGUGGUUAAAUGCUAUACUACAGAGAUCACAGGUUUCUGUAAAUUAUAAGAUUGAUUUUAUCAUUUCAAUUAAAUUCCAUAAUCCAUAGCUACAUCUUUUAUAUUUAUGUUGACUAUCAGAACUGAUUCACUUGGAAACUUAUCUUGGAUUACUGGUUGUAUUUUUUUUUAUACCUAUCUGUUAGAUCUUCAAUUGAUUUUAUUUCAAUUAUGUACUUUUAAUUAUGUGUAAAUAACUGUAGGUACGUCAUAUAAGACAACGAAUACCUGUUCGACAUUCAUUCCGCUGUGGUUUUAAUAAAACGUAUUUAUACCAUUAAA